AUGGACGUCCGCGUCUGGGCCCCGACGUCCAACAGCUCGGCCUGCUCCCACAGCGUGGCGCUGCGCGGCCGGACGCCGGUCCACGUGUUCCGGGACGGCAGCGCGGUGGGCCUUCCGGCGGCCGUGGCGGCCGUGGCGGUGGGGUCCACGCCCGCGGACGCGGUGAAGAUGGCGCUGGACAUGCCCGGACUGCCGGGGGGGGAUUUCGAGCGCACAGCGAAUGGCGCGGAGCCUGGAACAGCCCCGUUCGAGUCCUGGUCCCCCGAUGUCGUCGUCUCCGGCAUCAAUCACGGCCCCAACUUCGGCACUAUGGCGUUCUACUCUGGCACCGUGGCGGCCGCGCGGGAGGCCUCUUUCCAGGGCUUGCGGUCCAUCGCCGCUUCUCUUGACGGCUUCCGGAAGCGGCUUCCGGAAGAUUUUGAACCGGCGGCGGCCAUCCUGGUCCCGCUGGUCCGGCGGAUGGUUGCGGAGCCCGCCUGGCCGCGAGGAGCCGUGCUCAACAUUAAUGUGCCGUGCGGGGACGAAAAGGGCGCUGAAAUUCAACAAAGCGCGGGAGAUUCAAAACUCCGUAGUGUUGGCGGGAAGCCGCGGGGUUUAGCAAUAGUGCCCAUGGGGGGAUCGGGAUUCGAGGCUCACUUUGUGCGGGUGGAUGACUCGAUUCGUCCUCCGAAUUCGGAGGAUCUGAGAGAAUCGGAUACGAAAUCGGUGGGCGAGGGGGAUUGGGAGGGGGGGGAGAGGUUUGUGUUCAAGGCGAGGUACCGCGCUAAGUACGAGGGGGCGCCGGCGGAGGACGACGGCGUGGCGUUGAGGGAGGGUUACGUGACGCUGGCGCCGCUGGGACUGGGGGGCGGCGGGAGGGAGGUGGAGGAGGCGGCGGCGUGCCUUGAGAGGUGGCGGAGGGAGUGGGAGCACCCAGGGCUGCCGUGGGCAGAGCUGUGA